AUAACGGAGCUUUUGAUAUGAGUUGUCUUAAGUCAUGAAUAAGCUAUCUUAGUAGGUUUCACCGCUAUAACGUAAUAGUACCUAGCUUAGCUUACCGGAGAUGAUAUACAGACAGUAUACGUCCGGUGCUCGGGGGUUCGGCUUAGCGGCAAGAAACGGCCAAAGAUAGGGAGCUACCCCUCUUACCCGAUUGAACCUUUUAUGGGAAUAAUAAGUAGGUACCUAAGACCUACCUCAUAGUAAGCCAGCAAGCCAGUAAAGCCUCGGGUUUAUAACGAUCCCGAUAACGCUACCCUAUGCCGACGGUAAUAGGUACCCCACAUCGAUAACAAGUAUGGUAGGUACCUAGGUAAUAGCUGCACGGUUACAGCCAUUCUGCCAUGUACAAUACAUAAGGUACCUACCUAGGUACCUAUUCAAAUAACAUACAUAUGUACCCCAUCCCGAGCGUUGCCCCUUCCGGGGAACGAAACGUAUGCAUUGGUGCCAAUGGCUAAUUCUUAUGCCCAAGAGCUUAUGUAGAAAAGGGGUCUUGUUUUUUUCUUUUUAUUGCUACGAGUUGAUAUUGCCUUAACUAUGCACCGUCUCAUACGCACACGAGGCAUCGCUACCAACACCGGCCGUAUCGCUACUCGUCGAUUCUCCUCUUCUCUAUCGUCGUCCCCCGCCACCGCCACCCUCAGAAUGUCGUCAAGAGCGGCGACCUCCUCUCGUCUGGCCGUCAUGGCUAAGCAGCUUCGUCCUAUGAGCGCCUUGGCCUCGACGGCUACGAGCUACCCUACGACGCACGAGAAGAUAGAGAAGCCAGAGGACACGCCCUAUUUUGUAGACAACGAGUUCCGCCCUAGCCAGACAGACAAGUUCAUCGAGCUGCAUGAUCCGGCUACGAAUAACCUCGUCACUCGUGUCCCGCAACUUACAAAUGCAGAGCUCCAGGCGGCUGUAGACAGUGCUCAGCGUGCGUUCCCCGAGUGGAAGGCUAAGAGCGUGCUUGCUCGCCAGCAGAUCAUGUUCAAGUAUGUCAGCUUGAUCCGCGAGAACUGGGACCGUCUUGCCGCGAGUAUCACCCUCGAGCAAGGAAAGACAUUCGUAGAUGCUAGGGGUGACGUCCUGCGUGGUCUUCAGGUGGCGGAGGCCGCGUGUGGUGCCCCCGAAUAUCUCAAGGGCGAGGUGCUUGAGGUUGCUAAGGAUAUGGAGACGAGAUCUUAUAGGGAGCCGUUGGGUGUUGUUGCUGCCAUUUGCCCUUUUAACUUCCCUGCUAUGAUCCCCUUAUGGUGCAUCCCGAUUGCGACGGUCACCGGCAACACCGUGGUCCUAAAGCCUUCCGAGAGAGAUCCUGGAGCGUCCAUGAUCUUGGUUGAGCUGGCAAAGGAGGCCGGCUUCCCCGAGGGUGUGGUGAACGUGGUCCACGGAGCUCACGACACCGUAAACUUUCUCCUAGAUGCCCCGGAGAUCAAGGCGAUCAGCUUCGUCGGCGGAAACAAGGCCGGCGAGUACAUCUUUAGCAGGGGAUCCGCCAACGGCAAGAGAGUGCAGGCCAACCUAGGCGCCAAGAACCACGCCGCCGUCAUGCCGGACUGCAACAAGAAUCAGUUCCUCAACGCCAUCGUCGGAGCUGCUUUCGGUGCCGCUGGUCAGCGGUGCAUGGCUCUCAGCACGCUAGUUAUGGUGGGCGAGACCAAGGAGUGGCUAACCGAACUGGCGGAGAGCGCCAAGAAACUCCAGGUCAACGGCGGUUUCGAAGAAGGUGCCGACUUGGGCCCCGUCAUCACGCCGCAGAGCAAGGCGAGAAUCGAAAGCCUUAUCGCCAGCGCCGAAGAGGAGGGCGCUACGAUCCUCCUAGAUGGACGAGGCUUCAAGCCGGAGAAAUACCCUAACGGAAACUGGGUCGGCCCCACCAUCAUCACAAAUGUUACCAAGGACAUGAAGUGCUACAAGGAAGAGAUCUUCGGUCCGGUGCUAGUCUGCCUAAACGUAGACACGCUGGAUGAGGCAAUCGACCUAAUCAACCAAAACGAAUACGGCAACGGCACGGCUAUCUUCACACGCUCAGGCGCGACGGCCGAGACGUUCCGGCGCAACAUCGAGGCCGGCCAGGUCGGCAUCAACGUCCCGAUCCCGGUGCCAUUACCUAUGUUCUCAUUUACCGGAAACAAGAAGAGUGUUGCCGGAGGGGGUGCGAGUACGUUCUACGGACGGCCGGGGGUUAACUUUUACACGCAGCAGAAGACAGUUACGGCGCUGUGGUCGAGCGCGGAUGCUAUUUCUAGGAAGGCGGAUGUUGCUAUGCCUACGCAUAGUUGAUAGGGGUAGGGGUAUGGAUUUGGAGGGUUAUGGGCAAGCAGAUAAUCUGUAUAUAGCAUUUGUUCAUUUGCUUCAAUGGGAUGAUGAGCAUUAGUAUGCGAUACGAUUUAAAGAGAUCAAGUUAUCGCGGAAGAGAGUAAGAGCUUUCGUACGGGCUCAUGGAUAUUUUAGUUGGGUGAACGUGCAGGUAAUCAUCACUUCUCACGCUUGAAGUUAUGAAUAUUAGUUAUAAACUGUAUAAACUGUAUAACUGUAUAACUGUAUAAACCGG